AUGGGCAUUUCUUGGAGCAACCAAAUGCCCGUGGAGGGCAAGACCGUCCUGAUCACAGGAGCCUCGGAGGGAAUGGGCAAGAGCGUAGCUCGCCAGCUAUCCGAGAAAGGCGCGAACGUGAUCCUCGUGUCGCGAAACGUGAGUAGGCUCGAGGCGGCGAUGGCCGAAGCCAAGGCCGCCGCCCGAAACCCCAAAACCCAGCGGUUCUACUUCAUCUCGGCCGACGUGACGAAACCCGACUACGCCCCCGCCCUGGUCGCCGAAGCCGUGGCCUGGAACGACAACCGGCCGAUCGACAUCGUGUGGUGCGUCGCCGGCAUGUCUACGCCCGACUUCUGGCUCGAGGUACCCCUGUCCCAGACCCGCAGCCAGAUGGACAUCAACUUCUGGGGCGCCGCCGAAAUGGCCCACGCCAUUCUGCGGGUGUGGUGCGCGCCCGACGCGCCCGUCGUGCCCGAGCCCAAACACCUGAUCUUCACCUCGUCCGUGGUCGCUUUCUUCCCCAUAGUCGGAUACGGGCCAUACACGCCUGCCAAGAGCGCGCUGCGCGGGCUGGCCGAUACCCUUGUCCAGGAGGUAGAGGCGUAUCCGCAGAACGUGAAGAUCCACGUCGUGUAUCCGGCCUCGAUCAGCAGCCCCGGGUACGAGCGCGAAAACAAGACGAAGCCGGGCAUUACAAAGAUGAUUGAGGAAGGCGACCCGGUGCAGACUCCCGACGCGGUGGCUACGAGUUCGAUUCGGGGUCUGGAAAAGGGGCAUUACGCCGUAACGACGGCCUUUUUCGGAUAUAUUUUGCGGUGGAGCUCGCUGGGAGGCUCGCCGAGGAACAACUGGUUUGUUGACACGAUCAUGGCCUGCCUCAUGCCGCUGAUAUGGAUAUUUGCGCUGCCGGACAUCUUUUCUAAGAUUAGGAAAUACCGCAAGGCGCACGGCCAUCCUGCCAAUUAUAGGGCCAAAGCUAUAGAAGGAGAUGACCAGAAAGUCAUAACUUAG